ACCACGUGAUGCAGACAAGGAUGGGCGGCUGAUUUCCCCGCCCUCUUCAUCCCCUUCGUGACCCAGAGGUCAAGGGAGGCGGAGAGAGAGGGUUUCCUAGGCAACCGCAGUGGGCGGUCAGUACACAGCAGGCCCGGGGCUGGAAAGGUGCGGUGUCAGCUGCAAAAAGGGACUGGGAGGUCGGAGUGCACUCUGACCUGUCUAAGACGGCCCAGGAAUCCAUCCUCUCUCUGGAAUAAGAUAUAUUAGUGUGACCAUUGUUUUUAAUGGAAGAUGAUUGAAAGUGAAAACUUAAAUCGAGGUGAAAUCAUUAAAGAACUGUGUUUGUGCAAUGGCUUGUCUUAUGAGAUGGUUGGACAGGAAGGGUCAGACACUUCGAAAUUGGAGAUGUUUUUCUCGGGGUAUCCCCGAAUAGUUGGAUUAUCAUUGUUUCAUAAUUUAUCAAGUCUUACAAUUGUUGCUCAAGAUAUAAAGGAAAUUUCAGGACUGGAGACUUGCUUACGGCUUAAAGAACUUUGGAUUGCUGAAUGCUGCAUAGAGAAAAUUGAAGGCCUUCAAGGAUGUAGAAAUUUGGAAAAAUUAUAUUUAUAUUACAAUAAAAUUUCCAAAAUAGAAAAUUUAGAGAAGUUAAUAAAACUGGAAAUUGUAUGGCUGAACCACAAUAUGAUAAGAAAUAUUGAGGGCUUGCAGACUUUGAAGAAUCUAAAAGACCUCAAUCUUGCAGGCAACCUAAUCAGCAGCAUUGGUCGAUGUCUUGAUCCCAAUGAACAACUGGAGAAACUAAACCUUUCUGGAAAUCAAAUUACUUCCUUCAAGGACCUUACGAACUUGACCAAACUCACUCACUUAAAGGAUUUAUCUCUGAAUGACCCUCAGUAUAAAUCUAAUCCAGUGUGUCAGCUGUGUAACUACUCCACCCAUGUGCUGUAUCACUUGCCUUCUCUUCAACGACUUGACACGUUUGACGUAUCAGCAAAGCAAAUCAAGGAGCUGGCAGAUUCCACAGCAAUGAAAAAAAUAAUGUAUUAUAACAUGCGAAUAAAAACUGUUCAGAGACAUCUGAAUGAAGAACUUGAAAAACUGAAUGACAGAAAAUGCAAGUUACAGAAGCUACCAGAAGAACGGAUAAAAUUAUUUAACUUUGCAAAGAAAACGUUAGAACGGGAACUGGCUGAACUCAAGAUCUCUGGCAAAGAGCAGAGUGAUGCUGGGCCGGAGGCCGAGAAACCCCGGAAUAGCGAGGUCAUCGUGCAGGAAUCAAUUCUGUACCAGAAGAUACUGACCAAACUGAACGCUCUGGACGACAGAGUCACAUUCUGGAACAAGAAACUACAUGAAAUUGAAGCAAUUUAUCGAACUGAAGUAAAACAGAAGAAGAAGAGCCAUGGCUUACUGACCCCAUUUCUGCUAACUGAGCUGGAAACUGUGGGGAACAUCCAUUUUGAAGAAGGCACUCGAGCUGAUGAAUGGUUUAACUCCUGCUAUGAACUAAUUCUCUCACGUUUCUGCACCUGGGACUUCAGAGCAUACGGCAUUACAGGGGUGAAAGUUAAGCGUGUCAUUAAAGUUAACAACCGUAUUCUGAGACUGAGAUUUGAAGAGAAAUUCCAAAAGUAUCUGGAUCUUGAAGACAUACAGGAUCCUGAGAGCUAUCGAAAGAUGCUGGAGUGCCUUUUCUAUGUCUUUGAUCCUGAAGUGACAGUAAAGAAAAAGCAUCUGCUACAAAUACUUGAAAGGGGAUUCAAAGACACCGACACGAGCAAGCUUCCUCUCAGAAAGGAAGCCGUCACCCUUGUGAACAGCCUCAGUAUGUGCGAGUGUCCCCGAAUCGAGUUUCUCCAGCAAAAGUCCAAGGAGGAGAAGAAGGGUCCAUCAGAGAGCGAACUCUAUAGAUACGGUACCAUCCUCAUUGCGAAGGUUUUUCUUGGCCAUAGUAUUCAGGCUCGAGAUCAGGAGCCCAUCAGUAAAGCCAACUAUCCCAUGGUUAACUCGGUGUUUGUUCCUCAGAGACAUGUGCUAAGACAAAGAACUUGUGAUUGCUGCUAUCGGCAGUACAAAUGGUUUGUCUUCGAUCAUGACCUUGUUUUGCCAGAGUACAUCGUUGAAUUUGAGUAUACUACAGUGGUCAAAGUUCACUCUUUAUUUUCUACAUUAAACAAUGUUAUUCUAGAAGAAGGCAAAAAGUAUUCUGAAGGAUUAGUAUUCUCACAGGAUUUGAAAUUUGAUGAUGAAGUUUUGAAGAUGGAGCCCAAGAUUAAGCCCCGCCCAAAACUCAUUAGUUUGGAUGAGAAGACGAUAAUUUCCCUGGCUAAGACUAAUAUUUACAGCCAUAUUGUGAGUCUGAAUCUACAUGGGAAUAGCUUGAGUAAACUGAGAGAUCUUUCCAAGUUAACGGGGCUUCGAAAACUGAACAUUAGCUUUAACGAAUUUACUUGCUUAGAUGAUGUGUACCACUUGUACAACCUUGAGUAUUUGGAUGCCAGCCAUAACCAUGUGAUAACCCUAGAGGGAUUCAGAGGCCUGAUGAAACUGAAGCAUUUAGACUUGAGCUGGAACCAGCUGAAGAAGACUGGAGACGAGAUCAAUGUGCUGUGCAAACACACCACCAGCCUUCUCACCCUUGACAUUCAGCACAACCCCUGGCAGAAGCCAGCCACAUUGAGGCUGAGUGUUAUUGGCAGACUAAAGACUCUUACACACUUAGACGGAAUCCUCAUCUCUGAAGAAGAAACCAGAGCAGCUCUGAAGUUCAUUAGUGGGACCAAGAUUACUCAGUUAACUCUCUUACAGCAUUCCAGCUCUAAAGAGGAAAGACCUCGGAUGCUCAGUAUAUGGCCUUCUGCCAAAAUUCUGACCCAGAUUUCAAAGUUAGGACCCCACUUUCAUCUGACUGGGAACUGGUACUCGAAGAUAACUGCCUUAAAUUUAGAUGGACAACAUCUCUUUGAAAUCACAAAUCUAGAGAAAUUGGAGAAUUUGAAAUGGGCAUCGUUCAGCAAUAAUAACCUCUCCAAAAUGGAAGGCCUUGAGUCCUGUGUCAACCUGGAGGAGCUCACAUUAGACGGCAACUGCAUCUCAAAGAUAGAAGGCAUCACCAGGCUGACUAAGUUAAGCCGCCUCAGCAUGAACAACAACCUUCUCACCGGCCUGGAAAAACACACCUUUGAUAAUCUGCUUCACCUCCACUCCCUCUCUCUUGAGAACAACAGGAUCACCUCACUGAGCGCUUUACAAAAGACAUUCACUCUGAUUGAGCUGUACAUAAGCAAUAACUACAUCGCUGUGAACCAGGAGAUCUACAACUUAAAGGGUUUAUGCAACUUAGUCAUUCUAGACAUGUAUGGAAACAUUAUUAUAUGGAACCAAGAAAACUACCGGUUGUUUGUAAUAUUUCAUCUUCCAGAACUGAAGGCUUUGGAUGGAAUCUCAAUUGAAGCAUCAGAGACUGAGAAUGCAAAAGAUCUGUUUGGUGGUCGGCUCACCUCCGACAUGAUUGCCGAACGACAAGGACACUCAAACUUUCUCCAAAUGCAAGAGCUCAACUGGACUUCAUCAUCCAUCAGGACUGUGGAUCUGAUCCCUGUUGACCACUUCAGGAAUGUGAGCAAUGUGAACCUUCAGAACAACCAACUCACUUCAUUCAGUGGCCUCAUCUACCUGCCCAACGUGAAGGUCUUAUGCCUCAACUAUAAUCACAUUGAAUCAAUCAUGCCUAGACUAAAACCUCAGACUCACUUAAGCAGCAGACAACUGCUCUACCAGAAAGUGCCCUCAAGUGGCUAUGGACAGCAAGGAACCUCAAAACUAAAUAGAGAUUCAGUAAGCAAUGAGAACUUGCCUCCAAUAAUGCAGAGUUUAGAGGUUCUUCAUCUGGGAUACAAUGGAAUUUGUAACUUAGUUCAGCUACAACUUAACAGACUAAGAAACUUAAAGUUCCUCUUUCUACAGGGAAAUGAGAUCAGUCAGGUCGAAGGGCUGGACAGCCUGUUCGUCCUCCAAGAGCUGGUCGUCGACCAUAACCGCAUCCGGGCAUUUAAUGACACCGCAUUUGCCAAGCCAAGUUCCCUGCUGACGCUUCAUUUAGAAGAAAACAGGCUGCGGGAGCUGAGCAAACUGCAGUCUUUGGUCAAACUGGAGAAACUCUUCCUAGGAUAUAACAAAAUCCAGGAUAUCACAGAACUGGAAAAACUUGAUGUUAUUCCUUCUCUCAGAGAGCUUACUGUCUAUGGCAACCCAAUUUGUAGAAAAAUGGUUCAUCGACAUGUGCUCAUAUUCCGCCUGCCUAAUUUACAGAUGUUGGAUGGAAUUCCUAUAAAUUCUGAUGAUAGGGCAAAAGCUGAAUUUCAUUUCUCUGAACUACAAGCAAAGAAAAGCUCGAUAAUCCAGAAUAAUCUCCCCACUUCAAAGUCCUUACUUCCAUCACACCUGCAAUCUCCUUUGCCAUGUAAGUUCGUUCCUGUUACCGGCUCUCCUACGGAUAGCGGGUCCUUCUGCCAUGUUAAAGCUUCUCCUAUUAAAAUAACCAAUGUUAUUCUGCCUGCUGGAUUUAGCCACUUCCUGGCACCUGACUUCACCUUAACUCCUGACGUUGAAGACAAAAAAACCAAGAAUAGAGGGAUUCUGUACAACAAUCCUCAGAGAAUCCAUAAAGAAAUAACUUUUCGGCAGCUUGAAGGGAUAAGCUCUCUCCUCUCUUAUCACGUUAGAUGUACAAUUGUACAAAUGCACCAGGUCCCUCAAGAUGAAGAAAGGCACAGCUGUCGGUGUGCCGUUAACAUUCUUCUCCACUUGAAACCUCUCCACAUCUGCUAACCAUGUCUAAGAAGAGUGACUUUGCUAUAUGCUUCCACAGCGUACUUUGCUUUUACAGAAAAAGUUCUUACCAUAAGACCUUCUUUCCUACAUACACGAAAUCUUUGCCAAACCUCAGAGAUUUGUAAUAAUAAUUCUAAAAGUUUAACAUGGCAAUUAAAGUUGAAAUGUGUUCCACAA